AUGCCGCGCCGCAGCCAGACACCCGAAGCCUCCACCGCGCAAUUCCCACCACAGUCACACUCUCAUCCCGACCCCGACGCUCGCUCACCGCGCGCCCACAAGAAACACCACCGUUCGCAUCGCUCGCACCGCUCGCGCUCCCCCCGUCGCGACGACGACACCCACCGCCACAAGCGGCACCGCUCUCGCUCACCCGCCGCACCCCGACCCAUAGACCUACCCUACAAAGCGCAGCCACUAUCAAAACGCCACUACGAAGACUACAAACCGCUCUUCCAAUCCUACCUCGACAUCCAGAAGAACAUCCAACUCGACAGCCUCGAUGAGCGGGAAAUAAAAGGGCGAUGGAAGAGCUUUGUUAGUCGUUGGAAUCGGGGGGAGCUAGCGAGGAGUUGGUAUGAUCCUUCGAUGUUGAAGACGGCGACGGAGACGGUGCAGAUGUAUCGUGGGAUUUCUCCUGGGGUGGCUGGGAGGAGGGCGUCGCCUAGCUAUGCGCGGAAGCAGGGAGAGGAGGAGGUCUCAGAUGCAAGCGACGAUGACUUCGGUCCCGCACCGCCUACAAACCUCCCCCGGCACAGCGGCCACGGACCCACGAUACCCAACAUGGACGACCUAACCCUCCGCAACGAACUCGUCUCCUCAGACCUCACAACCUCCCAAUCGCACUACCUAGACUCCCUCCGCCACGCCCGCAAAACCGACCGCCAAUCCCAAAAAGCCGCCCUCGACGACCUGAUCCCCCGCGCCGACCCCAACACCCGCGACCGCCAACUCGAAAAGAAGCGCGAAGUAACCUCGACCCUAAACUCCUUCCGCGACGCCAAAGAAGCCGGGGAAGUCGACGUACCAGAGUCAGACCUCAUGGGCGACGACGGGAUAGACGUGUAUAAGAAGAAGAAGAAGGAGCAGGAGAGGCAGAAGAAUGAGAGGGAGAUACGUAGGGAGGAGAUUGCGAGGGCGAGGGAGGCGGAGAGGAAUGAGAGGUUGAGUGAGAGGAGGGAGAAGGAGGCGGGGACUAUGGAGUUUUUGAGGAGGAUUGCUAAGGAGAGGUUUGGGUAG